AUGGCAAAAUAAUGGUAAGAUUAUAUAUCCCAUAUCCUAUUUCUUCCUCACAUAAGUAGAGGAUCAUUUUGCUUUUGUUUUGCUAUUUUAUAGCUGGCUGAAGCUGAUAUUUCUAUAAUACGCAGAUUAUUUCAUCAGGACAGUAAAUUUGUUUGUGCUAGGUGUUUAACCCAAUUUAACAGGGAUUGGCACAGGGGAAUGGCCCUUCUUCUUUGUUUAUUUAUGUUAGGUGUUCUAAUAUCAUAUUAGAUGAUGUUAUUGUUAAUGUCUACUUUUCUUUUAUAAAUUGCAGCAAAAUUAAAAUGGUAAUAGAGCUGCUUGAGGGAAUUCAUUUUGUUUCUUUUGUGGAGGCCAUUUCUCUUGGUGCCCAAGCUGGUAUUCAUCCAUGGAUAAUUUAUGACAUUAUUUCUAAUGCUACUGGAAAUUCAUGGGUUUUCAAGAAUCAUGUUCCCCAGUUGCUAAGGGAUAAUCAAACCAAACAUCUCCUGAAUACUUUUGUUCAAAAUUUGUUUGCUGAUCUGCUAUUCUUCUGGUGCUGCUGUGAUGUUGCUGCUGUUGCUGAGAUGCUGUCUUGUGCUGGAUUUAGCAUUUAG